GGGUCAUUUCGUCGUCUGCGAAGAAUCACAAUAACAACAUGGCUCAAAUUGUAGAUCUAGAAUCAAGUAGAUCUAGAGAUAUAGAUCUAUUUGUAACUUAGAUUAUCUAUUAAAUACAUUGAUUUAGAUAGAUAAUAAAUUAAAUGCUUUGACAUCCUUUUUUUAAAUUUAAAAUCAAGCGAGCCAACGAAAAAGAUAUAGUGUUUUAAAUUAAUUUAUUAAAGUUUCUCAAAAUUAAACAAUGGAUCAACAAGUUUACAGCAGUAACCUUCCCAGCAAAGUUGCAAGCGUUUUUGACAUAAAGAUGGUCGAGGAUGUAUUGACAGAUGCCAUAUUUAAGUUGCAAAAUGCUCAUGAUGAGAGCAGCUUUUUAUUAUUGAUGACACAACAAACCAUAAAUAUAGUUUCAGAUACUUUCAAAAUAUUACAAAACUAUUGUAUGCCUUACUGCAUUGAUAAUAUCAUUAGCAAAAUUACAGAUCUUUUAGUGUUAGCUAAUGAUGGUGGAAAAGCUGCUAAAGAUGUAGUUGUGAAAUCAGUUACAGAACCAUGCAUAAAUUUAAUAUUAAGUCCAUCUUUUAUGCUACUACAUAAAAUUGAGAUUCUCAAGAGUAUGAAUGCAAUAUUACAAAACUGCUCAGCCAAAACCAAACAAGAGUUACUUGUAAACAAUGCUCUUUCAAAAAAGCUACAACUAGUAGUUGAAGGCCUUGUAGAUGUUGGUGAUUUUGAGUAUCAAGUGUGCAUAAUUGAAUACUUUUUCCGCCUUGUACCUAAAAAUCUCAGAGCAGACUUUACUGAAAAGUUGAUAGGUGAUGAAACUUUUCAAUUAGGAUUGCUAAAUAUUUGUGACACUAAAUUUGAAACAGACUGUAGAUACUUUUUGAACAAGCAGAAUGCUAAAAGUAAAACAAAUACAAAAAGAAUCUACUCAAUUCCUGCUGAGUGUGUGAAGAUUGAUGGAACAAAGAUUUAUAAACCAUCAGAUGAAGGCUAUGAUGAGUUUUGGGUUGACUUCAAUACUGGUAGUAAAAGAAUAGGAAUAUUUUGUGAACCAAACUUUUUAUCAAGUCAGCAAAGUCAAGAUGAAGAGCUUUGGGAAACAAUAUCUAUUUGGGCUAAAGAUGUAAAAAAAUAUACUUACACAGUUAAAGACAAGUUGAAAACUGCCUAUAUAGAAAUUCGCCCUGGAGCACAAAUUCUUGGCAGUAGAUGUGAUGGACAGGCACAUCUUGUUGUAAUUGGUGUAUCUCAAGAUUAUGACCUUCAAGCUGCUCUUGACAGAACAUUGAGAACAGAACUUAAAGUCUCUUCGGUAGAUGUCCCAGUUGUAAUUCAUGGGAACCAAGACCCACAGAAAUUACAAAGAUUUGAACAAAUGGACAUGUCACAAACAUCAGCUUCUUCAUUGUCUAUUAAUUCUUCUGUUUCAAAGUUUAAAGUUUCUAUUCCUUUAAACCCAAUGAUAACCCCUGCUCAAUCAGUAACACAAAGGAUUUCUCCACCAACUAAAACCAGCUUAAAAGGAGUAGAGGAAUCACCGGUUAAAAUUUUAAAAUUACAAGUAGCUCCAGUUGAUACUAUUUUACAUAUAAAAUCUGAAAACAGAUCUACCAUACCUGAAAGUAAUAAUAAAACUCAAGAUGGUAAAAUUGAAAUGAGUAUUUCUAAAAAAGUUUCAGAAUCAUUAACUCCUACCAAAACAGCCAAAAUUGGAAAGAAAUUUAAGACACCAGUUGUUAAUGUUACAUCUGUAAUUAAAAAAAUAAAAGGCAACUUAUCAGACAAAAUUCCUUUGAACAAUCAUGAAAAUUUCAAUGUAAACGAACCAUUUGAUAAAUUUGAAAAAGAAAUACCUGAAUCAGAGAAGAACAGUGAAAUACAUUUUUUAAGAAAACAAAAGUCAGAUGGAGGCCUUACAAGGCAGUCUCUAGGCCCAGCUUCUGAAAGAAAAAGAAAAAACAGAAAUAAAGAAAACUUUUCACUUUUGACAAAAUCAACUGGGAUUAGUAAACAAAAAUUAGGAAGAAAAAAUUUUAGUCCUGAAAAUCUAUCUUUUGAAGAUUUUAAAUUACCAAAGAAAACUUCCAAUAAUAAAGACAAAAAGAAAACAACUCAUAUUCCAGCCAAAUCAGAAAAAAAAUCAAAGCAUGCUGAACAGUUUGAUAAUGAAAUCAAUAUGCACAUGAAUGUUAGAAAUUGUGCACUUGAUCAUAAAACUAACAGCAAAAAUGAUAUAGAAAAAAUAGCUGAUAUUGGCAAUUAUAACAUUCUUCCUAGUGAUAGCAUGUUGAUUGAACCAAGCCCAAGGUCAUGCAUCAUUAGUUCUUUAAGUGCUAGUGAUGUUCACAUUGACAUUGAGAACUCUAAGAAAGUAGCAUUAAAUGAUGUUGUUGCAGAGACACAAAGUCAAACAAAUGUGAGUGAAGUUGAAAAUCAACAUAAAAUUGAUACCCUCUGCAAGGUAGUAGAAACUAUUGAUAGUUCAGGCUUGUGGUCGGAUCAACAUUUGAUUCUGAACUCCUCAGCAAAAAAAUCAAUUCAUAAUCUAGUCAAUAGCCCUAGUAUGUUAAAAACAUGUGACAAUCUUUUAUCAGGUGUUGGGGAUAGCUCAGCUGGUGUUGAACAUUCAUAUAUUUUUAAUAAGACAGAAAUUUUGAAAGACAAAGCACAAAAUCCUCCACUGAAUACUAGUAAGAGCAAAAAUGGAAAUCUGCCAUUAAAAAAGAAAGAAAUCAAUGUUGCUGAAGUUUUCAAAGACAAAUUACAGAAUAGUUUAUUGAACACUAAUAAUAAAAAUAAAAAAAUAUUACAAAAAAUUGAAGCCCGGAAUAUGUCUAAUAAAGCUUUAAAAGGCAAACUAAAAAUGACACCAUUGAUGACUAUUAUGAACAAACUACCAUUACAAGGGGAAGAAACUAAGACUGCCUCUAUAUCAAUUCAGGGUCGAAAUCUUAGAGAAAGGAAAAAACCUAUUUCCUACAAAGAAGUCGAAACUGUAUAUUGGCCUGAGACUACAUCAGAAACAAAACCUAAAAGUAAAAAGGUUCAACAAAAAAGUAAAUCUGUUAAUGAAAAAACAUUGAAAUCAGAUAUAAAAAACAUUAUUCCAUCCAAAUCAACUAAAAGCAAUUUUAAAAGUACUCAAGAAGAAAAUAAUCUUGGUUUCACAUCCAAAAGGAUUAUACAAAAUGAGCCACUUUGUCAUGGAGUAUGGACCAAGCAAAAAGUAGAGAAAACAAUAACAACAAUGUCUUUUUCUGGCUUAUUAUCUAAAAAUAUAUCUACAGAUCCCUAUGAUUUUGAUGCUGAAUGCUCAAUUGUUUCUGGGAAUACCAGUCUGUUACCAAAUUAUUCAAAUACUAUUGCACAAAGAUGUAAAAAGUCAUUUAAAGUCCAAAACAUCAAAAAUGUUCAUAAAAAAAGCAUUGAUCAAAAUAAGAAUUGUACAAAAAGAAAUAUUGAAUCUUACAAUGUUAAAGACCAAAAUAGUUUGGCAAAUGUAAAAAAAAAAGAGAAGCUUGAAUUAUCAAGCAACUACAAAAAAAAGGAAUCUUUCAAAAUGAAUCAAGAGAAAAAUAUGUCUGUGGACAAUAGUAUAGAUCACAUUGACAACAGCCUUACUACAGACUUCAUUGUAACAUCACAUGCAUCAGAUAGCAAGUCACCUUCAUUGGAUAAUUCAAUAGAUAUCUAUUCUGGAAAUCAAGGAUUAGUUUUUCCUCCUCUGGAAGAUUCAAUUCCUUGUACACCUUUUUGUGAGCAAGCUGAAAGUCCUACAAAAAGUUUAUGCAUAAAUUCAACAUCUCAAAGAAGUGAAAUAAGCUGGAUCAAACAGCCAUUAAAGGAAAAUAUUAAAAAACCUGCCAUGACAUACCAAAUAAAGAAUCACCAAAUAAAGAAUCGCAAAAUUUCGCCUAAGUCUGAGACACCAACUGAGUGUAAAAAAACAACAAAAAGAAGAAAAAUGAAGAAAAAAGAAACAAAUGCAAGUCCCAGUGGAGUAAAAAACCAAAAUAAUGGGUCAAAUUUUUCAAGUGCAUCAAAGCAUACAUUAUUUGAUCCAAAAAGUAAACAUUCACCUGCAAACUACUUUGAUACUGUGGGAAUUCAAGAUGUUAUUUGCAUCAAUAAAGAAUUGGAGGGGAGAACAUGGAGCAUAAUUUCAGCACAGAUAAAUUCUCAACUUAAGGAUGCUCUAAGCACUAGAAACAGUUGUUCUGAUAGCUUUGUCUCACCACUUGACAUUGUAAAUGGUUUUACUUCAGGUCCUUCUUCUAGCAAUCGCCCUUCAAAUUCAGAGCUUAAAAGAAAAUAUUCAAACAUGUCUUCUGACUCAAGUAAUAAAGAUGAUGAGUCUGAGAAAUGUGACCAAAUAGAUGAUUUGGAAGAUACUUUAAAAUUUAAACCCAAAAAGCUAUUUAAAACAGAUGAUACUAGCACCAUGUUUGGAAAAGACACAUCCCAAGAGCAACCAUAUUUAGACAAUUCCGUUCUUGAGAAGAGAUCAAGCAAUAGAAAUAAACAAGCAAACUUGCACACACACAAAGAAAUAAAAGGCGGACUACAGAAGGCAUCAAACAAAAAUUUUUCUAUGCACAAAGUUAAAAAAACUGAAGUUAAUUCACAAGUUGACUUUUCCUCUUACUGUGCUAUAUCUCCUGAAAAAGGAAGAAAAAAGGUUGAUGAUUUACGUUUGGUAAACAGAUUUGAACUAUCACCAUUAUCACCCAUUGUAUCAUCACCUUUGAAGUCACCUGAAAACAUAUCUAAUUAUGAAGAAUCCCCAGUAAUUUCAGAAAUAAAAUAUGGAUCACCAGAAACACAAGACACUGUUGAUGUCAACAAAAAUGUACAUUUUUAUACUGAAGUUUCUGAACAAAUUUCAAAUCAGAAAUCAGGAAAUACCGGAAUGCUUAGAGAUCUUUUCAUUGGAAAAAAUGAUCCAUUACCUAAACUAGAUGAUGACUUACAGAACAUCAUGACAGCUACUUGCAAAUUUCUUCAUUCUGCUUGGGAUUCAGAACAAAAAGACAAUGUUACAGCUGCUGAAAGGUUCCAAGAGUUAACUCAGAAAACUAUUACUAGUUUAAACAAAGACUUACAAGAAAUAAAAAAGACAGAAGAGAAUGUCAAGGAACUUUGGGAGCAGGGCAUGAAAAAGUACAAGCAGCACAGACUUUGUCAAGAAACUGAACUAAGAAGAUUGAGACUUGCUCAUCAAUUGUUGGAACAAAAUCUAUUUCACAAUAAGAAUAAUAAAACUGGUCAGGAAAUGUUACAGUCUGCUCUAAAACAAGACAUGAAUACAAUUCAAAAAAAAAUUUUUACUAAAAUUAAUAAAAACUCCCUUGAUGCAUUAAGGAGAUGUUUAAAAACUUCAUCAAUGAUGUCCUAAAUGUUUGAAACUAACUGAUGCUUAAAAUAUGUGCAGGAGUACAACAUUAAAAGAUAUAGAGCUUUUUAUUUGUGUCUUCAUUUUGAUUCAUUUUAUGCCUUCAUUAGUCAUUAUAGUUUUAUCUUCCUAUAUAUUAAACUAUUCCAUUUACACGAGUAACAAAGUCAGUAGUUUUCUGUGACCCUAAAAACAUCAAUACUUUUUGAGGGUGGUCAUUGAAAAUGUGACUUUAUUUGGGUAAUUAUUUUUUCCAUCAUCAUAAGACUGCAACUAAAAGGUGUAGUUAGAGAACAUUUUUUUUUUUCAUAAUUACAUUUUCCACUUCAAUUUAGUCUAUGAGUGUAAACUCUGCAUGAUGAUUGUUGGAGAGGUACUUAACCAUAAAACUGUUGUCCAUACAUGUAGCCAGAAUUUUUAAAAAUAUAAUUGUAUAGAUUUAUUGAUAAUAUUUAUUGAACCAACAUUGUAAAAUAACUUUAUAAUGCCAGUGUAAUUAUAUACUUUUUCUGUGGAAUGUAAAUUAAAUUUUAAAAAGAUUUUAUUAGAAAAGUGUUUGAAACAUUGUUAAUAAAUUUAAUGUUUCAUUGAUAAAUCAAAGGAUACGUUCGUUUUCUGUGCUAAACUAUUACUUGUAUUUUAAGCUACUUGACUGUUUAAAUUGUAAGCAUGAUAAAACUAGUGCACACUUUUAAUAAGUAAGCUAAUUAUAUAGUAAAGAGUACCAACAUGUCAGUAUACAUAAAUAAAAACAACAACAUGGUAGAAACUAAUUUAAUGUCAUAUUUAUGUACACUGAAUUUGAAAGCAAUAAGAAAAUAUACACUGCUUUGCACAAGACAACAUUUCAAAUAAUAAAAUUCAUAUGCACACUAAUUCUGUUAACUUCUUAGUGAGACUAAAUUACAUUUUCAAAAAAUCAUUUAGAUUCUAGAAUUACAUGCUAAACCUAGCUAAUCUAUUCAAGUUUGUAAUAGUUUCUUACUUAAAGUAUUCCAGAUUAAAAAUCUAUUUAAGAACAAAUUCAACUAAUAUGACUACUAUGAAAUUCUAUAUUUUAUUUGCAAUUUCAUCCAACAUUAAAAAUGCACCGUGCAUUUGCAUAAUAAUAAUUUUGUUAUAGAAUGGUCCUAUUCAUGACUAGCUUUUUCAUCAGUAUAGUAUGGCAAGCUACAUGUGGUUUAUUCAUAGUUAGAAAAAUAAUGCAAAACAAAAUACAUGUAUAUAAAUGUAUUGACAAAUAACUAUUUUAAAAUACCAUAUACAAAAUAAAGAACUAAAACUAUGCACAAAUCAAGUUAACAAAUGAGUUAACAAUUGAGAGCAUGAUAUAACUACGUAGCAUAUUACUGAAUUUUUAUACAUUUUCUUUACUAAUCAGUCACUUUGUAUCCAGGUAUUGUUUGUAACUUUUAAUUGAAACAGAAUCUUAAAAUAUGUUUAAUUCAUAAAUACCAAAAAUUUAAAAAAUGUACUUGCACAUUUGUGGUACAUCAAGUAAAGCAUGUUUUCUUAUAAAUUAUGACCACAAACUUAAGAUAGAAGAAAAUAAGUGUUUUUAAUUAAAAAUGCUACAUUGGUAUUGGCUUUUUAUAAUACAUCUUAGAUUAGAGUUUUGCAAUGCAGCAACAUUUGAUUACAAGCAUUUAUGGAUGUAAACCAAGUUUUAAAACAUCUAGAAUAGAAGAGUACACCUAGAAUGAUUAAAAGUAUUUGUAUAUGGUAUGUUUGCACUAACUAGGUCAUGUCAUACCUCCUUAAUAGUUUUUGUAAAAACUCUUUAUAAACAAUUAUGAAGUUUAAUAAUUAUGACAAUUAACAUUGUAUUUCUAUUUAUAUAUAGAUAUAUUUUCAAGACAAACAUUUGCAGUAAAGCCAUUUAAAAAAUUAAAGAGUUUUUUCAACAAAAGGAAAACCUAUGUGGGCCUGAUACAUAAUAUUCUAUUCUAGUUUGCAAUCUAACAUUAUGUUUCUUGUCAAAUUCAAUUUUA